AUGUCCUCAUUGGAUUUAAAUUCUUCGAAUCCUGCGCAGACGCACCAAUUUAAUAUUGGGGAUCCGGUAUACGUUAAAAAUCACACUGAUCGUGUUGGCUCUAUCGCUUUUAUUGGAACUACACAGUUUGCCGCUGGUGAAUGGAUAGGUAUUAAAUUAUCUGCUCCUAAUGGAAAAAAUGAUGGAAGCGUUAACGGUGUCCGGUACUUUCAGUGCGAACCUAAUUAUGGACUUUUUACUCGUCGCAGCGGCCUUGUUCCCAUUUCGGAAUCAUCGGCAUGUGGAAAUAAAUCAUUUGAACUUUUCAGUUGUAACAUUCCAACAACUCGAAAGGAGAGUGCUGCUUCAGCAGGCUUUAGUGCAAUGCCAUCGACUACUCCAAACUCGAAUCUUGAACGAUCUAUCUCUGGUCGAGUAAGUGUUGGAGGAUGUGGCAACGGCGCUGGUUUUCCUCAAGUUGGGGAUCGUGUUCAGGUCUCUGGUGGACGUGUUGGCUCUGUCCGAUAUAUUGGUACUACCGAUUUUCAAGCUGGCGAUUGGGUCGGAGUGGAACUGGAUGAACCCCUGGGCAAGAAUGAUGGAUCAGUGAAUGGUCGCAGGUACUUCAGUUGCAAGCCCAAUCAUGGUCUCUUCGCUCCGGUCUCUAAAAUUGCGCAUUUCAACGGAAAGACACCCCUUCGAACCAUUCGACGAGCAGGAAGUCGGGAGUCGUUAUUAUCAAUGGGAUCGAAUUUCAGUUCAGUUUCCCGCCAGCGAACGCGAGCAUGUGGCCAGCUCCGCAAGGGAUCAAAUGCAGUCGGUCCAAGCGUUCAUGCUCUCGAGCGUGGUGUGUUAGUUGGACGAAAAGAGAGUGUGGUGAAAGAAAAGGAGGCGCAUAUUGAACAGUUGAUGCAAGAAUUUGAAAUUGAGCGCACUGAACUGGCCAGGGUCACCACGGAGAGGGAAGCGUUCGAAAUGGAAGCUGUGAAUCAACGCAACCUGAUUGGACAGCUGCAAAGUCAAAUUGAGGAACUUCAGGCGGCUGCUUUGCAUCUCUCCGACGAGAACGGCAAGCUGAAGGCGAGGGUACAUGAGGAAGUCAAGAAGUCUGAAGAGCUUCAGUUCCGGUUGGAAGAGGAGGCUAUCGAAAAGACUACACUUGAGAAUCAAAAGACUGAUGUUGAGGAGCGCAUUUUCGAAUUGGAGGAGGCGUUGGCAGCUGCCAAAGAGACGAAUGAGCACAUGGAAAACCAACUCUCUGGCGUUGCUGUCGACUUCACUGAUUCCUCAGUAAAGAAUGAAGCUUCUACCAAGUUGGCUGCUGCUGAAAGGAGAUUGGCCGAAUUAGAAGCCUCUCUGGUGACUAUGCAAGCUGAACAAUUCUCGUUGCUGGAAGCAAAGAACGAACUCACCGAAAAGGACUCUGAAAUUCAAAAACUCUAUGCUCAACUGAAUUGUCUUCAGGAGAAGGUCCUGGAAGCUGAUAAAAGACUGGCUGAGAAAGCCUCAGCUGAAGAGGAAUUGAGAGUGGCCAAACAAACUGAAGAGGAAUUGAGAGCUGCAUUGAAUCAACAAAGGACUCUCCUCAAUACAGAGGAGGAAAGGUCAAAGAAUGAGGAGGUCAACUCACUUGUCUCUCAACUUGCUAUGGCUGAAGGCGAGCUGAUAUUAAUGCGCUCGAAGGUGGCUGAUUUACAGAAGCAGAUCAUGGAGUUGGAGACAAACAAAGCAGAGGCGGAGAGGGUGGCUACUGAAGCAGUUGCCGUAAACCCCCUGGUUUCUCUUCAAUCCCUCCCACCGGAUGUUAUUCUCAAUGAAAUCGAAGCUCGAAUUGCUAAGGAGAGGGAGUGUGCUUCAGAGGACUCGGAGAUGUGGGCGAAACAUCUUCUUGAACUAGCUGAAGAAUUGCGACUGCUCAAGGGUCUUGAGCGCGAACCCGAUGAGCUAACCGCUGAAGCUCUUCAACAGAUGAGUAUUCGACUUCUGGAAGCUGAAGCUGAACUCGCUCAAAAAGAGUCGGCUUCCGUCGAACAAAUGGCUGCUCUCACCCAAGUUCAACUUGAGCUGCAGAGGGCUCAAGAAGCGUCACCUGCCCAAGCUUUAGUAACGGAGGAACUUCGCAAGCGUCUUGAGGUCCUGGAAGCUGAGAGAUGUCAAUUGACAGCCUCAUUAACAGAACAUCAACAAGAAAUCUUUUCGCUCCAACAAUUGCUUAAUCAGAAAGGUAGCGAGGCGGAAACCUAUGCACAGCGGCUCUCAAACCUGCAAUCUGACCUCGAUGCGGCUGUAGCUGAACGUGACAGGAAGUUGAAUGAACUCAAAGCUGCUCUUUCUAACAAAGAAGGUUUGAUUCUAACCGACGAAGAGCUCUUACAACAAGUGGCUCAUCUUCGACUUCAUAAUGAAGAACUAGAGAAACAAUAUGCAGCCUCGGAGGCACGUGUGAUGUCUCUUUCUUCUCAACAUUCCCAAGUGAAGGAAGAGUACCAAGCUCUCAAGUUGUCAGCUUCUUCGAGGUCUUCUGUGGAUGAACAGAUUACUGCUAUGGAACGAGCCUUGGAAGAGGCUAAUUAUCGUGCGGAGAUGGCUGAAAGAUCUUCAGCGGCAGCCCUCAAACAACUCGAGUCAAAGAAUUUGGAACUUCAGUCGCUUCAAGAGAGGCUGCUCAAAUUGGCCAAGGAUGUAAGUGUUUAG